UAAGGUGAAUGCAUCAUUUUGUAAGUCGCUCUGGAUAAGAGCGUCUGCUAAAUGACUUAAAUGUAAAUGUACGCAACAUAUUCAAGGACUAUUAUGGAUUCCUAGUCAUUAUGACGCAGCUGUCACAAAGAAUCGUGAGGGAUUCAUUUCGUCAGUUGCUGUCAACUUCGAGCAUUACCUGCGUCUUACCAGUGUAUUUUACUUAAUUGUUUCCUUAUCCGUGUCUUCUCGUGAUAUUGAAAAGUCAUUAGCUAGUCUACUUGUUUCUUUUCAAGCAAUUAUUAUUGAACAAGUGUCUUUCUUUUAUUGGGUGAUCAAAGAGAUCUGCAUCCAUAAAUUCAGCUUGUCAUGGAUGGAAGCUCAAGUUGUGGAUGGGCAUGUGCAGGCGAUAGUUCACCACAGCCCCCCUCCCCUCCUGAGGCCCUCCUGGUGAAGAUGCAAAAGCUCUGCCAAGAGCUUGGCGAGUUGACUGCAUUAAUGCAGCCUGUCCUGGACCAAAGCAGCAACGCUUUGGAGGCUUCACCACAGCACCCCCCCACACCUGGAACUUUCCUGUUAGGAACUUUCCUGCGCCAACAAGGGGUUGCUGACCUGAUUGCAUUAACUGAACCUGUCCUGCUGGAUCAAAGCCCAGUGGACACUUCACCACAGAUAUGGACACGGCCCCUCUCCCCUGAAGCCCUCCUAACACAGAUGCAGCUGCUCCGCCAAGAGGUUGUGGAGCUGAGUGCUUCAAUCAGCCAAGUUCUGGAUGAACCCGAGACAACAUAUUUGGACGCACCGACACCACCUCUCCCUAAAGCCGCCUGGGCCUCCAAGGGUGAGCCUCAGAGGGCCCUGAGCCGGUCCUCCAUCUCCAAGAGUGUGGGCAUGUCAUGGCCGUACUCCAUCUACCCUCACUGUGACCUCAUCGGCCAACCAGUUCCUGAGGAGAAGCCUGUGGUAAUGGCUGACAAGGCUCCCUCAACGCCCAAGAAGGUGUCUUUCUGGAGGAGGCUGGCAUGCUGUUUUGGGAAGAGGGAAAAGACUGGAUCCACUAAGAACAACAAGGUCAAGAAGAAGACCAAGGCAAAGGGGGAGAAGACCAAGGUCCAGGAGAAGACCAAGGUGGAGAAGGACACUGCCAUGACCAGGGGAUAUUUCUCCACGUAUUUCAACCUCAUAAAACUGCUCACAAAGUAAUACAACAAACGGGUGAAGAAGUGAACUAGGAUUUUUAUCAAAUUGUUUUUCCUAGAGCCUUUAUUUAACCAGGAUAAACCUCUUUAUUGAGGUAGACCUGGGAAGAUUCAGCCGGAAAAACCUGGUUGCCUGAUCCAAAGACAAACAUCCUAUCUAUCAGGAUAUCCCGAAUGGGAGAGAUCAUAACAUACUUAUCAUACUUAUCUUCUGUUAAUGUUGUUAAUCAUGUUUUCAAUUAAGUUUUCUAAAUGAUCUACAGAUUCUACGUGACUUUCAUAUUAUGAUAACUUUAGAGUUAUGACAUGAGAAAAAAGACUCAACAUCAAACCCAAUGUGGUGAUCUGAUAAACUGUGGGUUACAAAUCUGGAGAAGUUAAAGCUCCUUUUAAAACACUCUCAUUCAGCACCCUAUGUUGAUAUGGGUUGCUAAGUCUUAUCAAAGAGAAGGUUGUUAAUAAAAUAACUGCCCACCACCAGACUAAUUUAAAAGCAGUUUAAAUAAAACAAUGGUAAAACAGUACAAAUGUAGGGUCAAAUUACAGUAAGUAUAUUCAGGCAAAUUAUCUUGGUGGACUCAUCAAGAGCAGAUCAAAGACCAUUUACAUGAAUGCAGUUACGUCCACACUGACAUUUGCAGUGGGCAGCAGCCUUGAGUCAUUGCCUUGUGCAGCAAUAUCCAACAAGUGAACUAACAAUUCCACAACUACCAAAUACACACAAACCUUUACUUAGAUUUGUGUGUAUUAGGUAGCUGUUGUGGAAUAGCUUUUCUAUAUAUAUAUAUAUUUGUAUUUGUAUUGAAUAUUUAAAACAUACAGUAUACUUGCUGUGAAGCCGCUCAAUAACUUCAUCACAUUAGUCAUCUAACAGACUCCCAUCCAGAGCAACACACAGAGGCAACCAACACCCUGCUCGUCGACAGAUCUCCCACAAGGUCAAAAACGGGGACCCGAACCAGCGAUCCAUCAGCCACCAGCCCAAGCUCCCAACCGCCAGGCAACCAGCCCUCCAAGAUCCCCCCCCCCCACAGUUCCCCAAGAGCUGCCCCUCAACCAUCUGAGACCCCCACAGUCCUCCAGGUUAGUCAGCUAACCUGGAGUCCAAUCAAUGAGACGAGAUUGGAGAUGUUGGUUAGCACUGCCUUGCCCUAUAAAAAAAGAAACUCAAAUUUGAGU